AUGACAUUCUCGGGUAAGUGGUUGUUUGAUGGGAAUGAUCAUAAGAAGGACCGCUCAGAAAAGCUCAUGGAGCUUGUGAGGAACUAUGACAUCGUACUGCUCAAUGAGCUGUGGGGGUGUUGGUGGUCAUCGUAUCAUACACGGUUCACGAAACAAGCAGUUGAAGAAGGGUAUCACGUUGUAACGACUCCUGUUGGAUUCUUUUUCGAUACUGGAAACGUCAUCAUUAGUAGAUAUCCAAUCCAGCAUGCGAGCGAGGUCAUUUUCAGGAGCACUGCUGGCUGGCAAAAAAUGGUUCCCAAUGGAGCUUUGCAUGCUGCCUGCAAGCUACCGUCUGGAAAUCUACUGCAUCUUUUUACUACUCACUUUCAGUGUGAUACAGCACCUCCUACGGAAUUGAUGCAAUCUUCAGGUCCAAGUGGCACAUGUGAUUUGGAAUCAGGGGACAGUCUAGACAACGGCAUAGGGAUCAGCGUUGUGAAGAUGCUGGAGGAAAGAAGCGAAAUGAGUUGCGGCACUGUUCGUGAACAACAGUUGAAUGAAUUGAAGAGUUUCGUUGAUAGGACAGUCAAGAAAGAUGGCUUGUGGCUUGUAGGAGGUGAUCUCAACAUCGUGGGCGGCUCGGACGAAUAUGCCCACAUUGUCCGAACCUUUGGGAUUGACAGUGUCGGGGCUCCAGAUUUCGAACCUACGUACAACACACAUUCUUUCCUCACUCCUCCAGGAUGGAGAGGAGUCGAAUUCAACGUUUGCCUGGAUCAUAUCCUGACAAACCUUGCUGUACGGAAAUUCUGCGUGCUUCCUGAUGAUGUCAGUGACCACAAGGCUCUUGCCGUUGUCGUUCAAGACAACAGCGACCCUCUAAUUCCCGAGAGUGAGGUUGUGGACUUGCAGAGUGCUGCAGUAGAUUCAUAGGUGCCCUGACAUACAUGUGCCGGGGUUGUUUUUUGUACAGUAACCAAAUGUAAAGCUGAGCAAGGAAGCAAUAAAGGUCUACCAAAUCCG